UGUUAACGUCACAGGCCGUAGACAGCAGAUGGGCGGGGUUUAUAGCAGCAGCUUUUGGCUCCACAGCGUGUCUGAGCAAAAUGAAACAUGGAUGAGGAGAUCGCCGAAAGUUGGGAGGAAGCUGCUGAUAGUGGGGAAAUGGAAAAGCGGUUAGAAGAGAAGCUAAGGAUCAGUCAGAAAGAAAAGGAGUCUGGUUAUAAUUCUUCACGAUCUCUGUUGAAGACCAUGAUGAUACAGGAUGACUCUCUACCAGCAGCACCCCCACCUCAGAUUCGCAUUUUGAAGCGGCCUACAAGUAAUGGAUCACUGGGAUCACCCUUGAAUCAGAACAGGCCCACACCACAGGUCAAGUCUCUGGCUCAGCGUGAGGCGGAGUACGCCGAGGCCAGGAAGAGAAUAUUGGGCAGUGCCUGCCCAGAGGAUAUGCCUCAGGACAAGCCCAACACUGACAGGCCAGGGCACCAUAACUCUACACUGCCUUCAGAGGACACCCGGUCAAAUAAUCACACUGUCCGGCAGCCAGCCGGCCCAGAUGGUAGCCAAGGGUUCCGACAGAACAGAUAAAUGGGCCCAGGAGCCUCCAAGCCAUCAGUGGCCUCCUGAGAGCAAGAAAGCACUGUAUUCUUAAACGUCCUUCCUUCAUUUCCAAUAUAUUGGAUGUGCUGUGAGCACGGCCACACUGCUGCCCCCACCCCCCACCCCACCCCCAGCAGUC